AUGAUGCUUUGGGUGAUGACCUGCACCUGCUCAGCUGAAAUGGUCACGCGAGAGACGCUUGAACGGAGCCAAGGCAGUGAGCUAGGUGGUCUGAAAGUCUUACCAGAGACUGGUGACGGCGCCCCACCUAGCUCGAAAGCUCCGCCUUAUCCGGAUAUCUCAAUGUCUGCGCGCGCGUUUGGGUUCUCCGCCCUUGCCGAUCUUCCAGCACAAAUUGUUGCCGUCGCAACUGGAUCAAAAUCGACGCGGACAACUGGAGCAGAUAUCCCACCUGCUCCUAAGCCUGCGGCGGUUCCCGUUACUUCCGCACCUAUCCCAAUACCACCCGCUCCUCAGCAGCCGAGCCCUCAAGCGCCACCACGACCUGAGCUUCAGCCAUUGCUUGUUUCUCCGCCUGUUUCUACGUCCGCUGUGCCGCCAGCAGCCUUCGACCCGACUGAGCAGGAGGACAGCGCUGACGCAACGCAGCAUCAUGGUCAGUGCGGCAACACUCCGGAAGGCUCAGACAGCGCCGAGGAAGGUUCCUCUACUGAGGCUUCUAGCGCUUCUGAAGGCUCUAGCACAUACUCAAAAUCAAGCAGCUAUGAUGGCAAUGCUGCAGGUACGCUAGCCAAGGGAAUCGCGAAUACUGUCGCUUCCAGCUUCCCGGGCAAUCUGGGCAAUCUGGGAGCGUCCAUCGGGCAGAUUGUAGCAGGAGCAGAGGGACUCGGUCAUGUCGGAUGA